AUGGUCAAGGUCGCUCUCCUCACCGGGCCAUCCACGCAGGCCGAGGUCGACAAGUUCCUCUCCGACUUCACGCCGAGCCAUGGCCUGCGCUCGCCGCGCUUCUUCUCGUGCGAGCGCGACGACCAGGUCGACGAGCCCGCCGGCGUCGACGUCUUCAGCGGCGAGUUUGACGACUUCAAGACCGACGCCAUGCGCUUCGAGUCGGCCAUGAACAGGGAGUGCAAAAUCAUCGCCGAUCACGCUCCGAUUCGCGGCAGCAAGAAGAACGGCACGACGUCGCAGAAGCAGCUCCGCGAGAGGGAGCACGCCAAGUUCAAGCACUAUCUCGCCAUCCUCGCGCGCAAGCACGGCAUCGUCGGCGGCGCGUGGAUGGCCUACCUCGACGAGGACGACAUCGACUCGGCGUGGCGCCGCGUCGUCGAGGAGCUCGCAAGCCGUGGUGGCCGCCUCGCCGCCGCCGGUGCCGUCUACGCUCGCGUCACGUCCGACCGGCAGAACGACAACAUGCCCUGGAUCCCGUCGGUCUACGUCGAGGACGCGUACGAUGUCACGGUGGUCGAGGCGGUCGACAGGGUGCUCGUCGAGUGCUGCGGCUAUGCGCCGUCCGCGUUCAAGACCGACGCCAUGAGUGUUCUGCAAAUCACGGGCCAGCACGCGUCCAAGAUCGCUCCGUCCUUGUACGGCACGCUCGCCUUCAUGACUCGCGACGAGCUCACCGCCGCCAAGGAGCGCUUCAUCUCGCACGGCCCGGCGACGAACAUCUCGCCGCUGUCGCGCCCGCCGCCCGAGGUCCCGGUCGACCUCGAUUACGUCUACGUCCCCGACGGCACGACGGGCAGCACGCAGCCGCCGCUCAAGCUCGACGAGAACGGCGACAUCGUCGUCGCGCCUGGUUCGACCCCGAGCGCGACUACGGCCGCGGGCGCCGCCUCGAGCUCGAGCAGGGUCAAGCGCUCGAGCUCGUCCGAGAUGACGCCGUGCACGUCCGACGACGACGUGACGCCGCCCGUCAAGCGUCCGGCGGCCAAGAAGCGCAAGCUCCCGUCGUCGCCGACUCUCAAGGGCGGCAAAGCCGAGAAGCGCAAGGCGCCCAAGAUGGACUUUCACUCGUCGUCGCACGAGGGCGAGAGCGACGACGACGUGCUCGACGGCGCCGGCGGCGCCGCGCCGCUCGAUCUCAAGGUCCUCGACUUUGGCGCGCCUGCCCCGGCGUCGUCGUCCUCCUCGUGGGGCUCGAGGCCCGAGCGCAAGGCGGCGCUCGAGGCGAGGGGCAAGUGGGCGCCCGCGCAGAAGAAGGGCAAGGCGUCGGUCAAGGUCGAGGACGAGUGGGAGGACGCGCUCAAGCAGGAGUAG